AUGGCCAACGUCGAUGCCAACGACCUCAUUCCUUGCCAGCUGGCACACCGCUUGCGAGCUUUGACGCAAGAUCCGAGACCGGCUCAGGAAAAGGAGCAAGAGCUCAUGAUCAAGAGAUGGUGGAACAACGGCAAGAAGUUAGAGUUUAUCCGGGCGUGCGAGCAAGAGGCCCUCUGCGGCCAGUAUACCUGCACGUGUGAGCUGGGGUACAUUAACGACCUCCAUGGCGGUAUGCUAGAGUUCCUGAUUAGGCAAGAUCUUGAGGAAAUUUUCGGGAUGGCUGUGCAAGAUUGCCGGACUAUUCGCAAGAACUACUACCUGGUGCUCCGCAUCGCUGUCCAGUGGCACACUCCGCCAGGAUCAGAGCUCAUGUGA